AUGUUCUUACUGGAAUUUGGCCGUAGAGGUGACCCGUCCAGUAAGAUCGGAUACCAAGACACCCUCUACGCCCACGCCCUCCGUCACUUCUACAGAGAAUGCGACAUCCACGGCACCAUCGACUUCAUCUUCGGCAACGCCGCCGCACUCUUCCAAUCAUGCACCCUCCUCCUCCGCCGCCCCCACGGCGGCGCCUACAACGUCAUUCUGGCAAACGGAAGAACCGACGGCGGACAGAACACGGGCUUCUCCGUCCACAAGUGCCGCAUAGCGCCGAGCGCGGAGUUCUCCGGCGUGAAGCGGUCCCAUAGGUGGUUCCUAGGGAGGCCCUGGAAGGAGUACUCGAGGGCGGUGGUGAUGCAGAGUGCCAUCGACGAUGCUGUGGCUCCGACGGGGUGGGUGGAGUGGCCAGGGUGUGGAAGCUCCGUGUUGAGGACUUUGUACUUUGCGGAGUACGGUAACGAAGGAGGUGGUGCUGGAACUAGCAAGAGGGUGCAGUGGCCGGGUUUUCGUGUUCUUGGGGCUCAAGAGGCUCUCAAGUUCACUGUUGCUACCUUCAUCGCUGGAAAUUCCUGGAUUCCCUCCACUGGGGUUGCUUUCAUUUCGGGGCUUAAUUGA